CAAGCGGCAGCCCAGGCGAGAGGUUGCAGUGACGCUACCAAACCAACUCGGCGGGACCACCAGCAGGUACGUGUAAAACUGGAUGACUGCCGAGGCCAUGUUGGUUACUACUUCAUUCGUCUUGUUACUACUGUUGUUUCCGGGCGUACAUACAAUGCGCAGUAAUUCAGGAAGGAAGAAAAAACAUUCGUUAUGAAAACUGCUCAAGAUAUCGGAGUGGGGUCUGUUUACGAAAACGCUGCUUUGCUGUAAGAUACUUAGCUUUACAAUGAAAUGCAUCUUAUGUUUAAUCAGAAUCACAGGCCAACAAUAGUUUUGGUGCUGGGGUAUUUGGAGCUGAUUUCAUAUGAAUUUGGUGCUCUGAAUUAAAAUAUGGCAUUAGUGUUUGUCUAGGAGGUCAAAUUGCUAAAAUAUAACGUUUUAGUGAAAUGUAUGUUUUACGUUAUUUUAGGUUAAAUCAGUGAAUCAAACCUAAAAAUUAAAUUUUAAUAUUCUUGUUUCACCACCCCAUUUAUAGCUAAAAAUCAGUUCAAAAUCGUAGGCACCAAAAUGUUUUCCCCUUGUUGUAAUGCUUGGUGAUAUCUAAUCUUGCUAUCCCCCGAGAAUCUCUUUCAAGGGGGCGCGAUAGGAUCCGAAAUACGCCAUAUUGGUUUCAAAAGUUUUAUGCUAUAACACUUAAUUAAAUUGUUUUAGUUUUAUGUGCCAUCCAACUGCUGAAGGCCGUAAACAGAAUGACACAAAAAUCAAACUUAUAAAACGUAUAAAAUAUAAAAAAACAAUUAAAUAAAACACUUUAAAUAAACAUACAAUUUAAAAUAUACGUAGUGACAGUACAUGUGAUUACAGAACAGACGGAUAAGCACAUAAAUGUGAAACAGGUUCAAAGCAACGUUUUUUUUAAGCUCUCACAUGUGAUAAGAAUUCAAAUGUAUUUUUAAAAUUUUACGACAAAAACAAAAUAAACUUAUUUAUUAUAACAAUUUUUAAUGACAAAUACAAACUAAAAUCAUUAUUAUUAAUCAUUAAAUCGUCAUUAAAAUUUGGAAAUUUGCUUUUUUUUUUUUUUUUUAAGGCAGGGAUCUCCCACUAAUAUAUUUACAAACCACAAUAAAUUGCGUCGUUGACAGUAUUAUUACAGUUUUAGUUAUUUCCAAACCAUAAUUUAAUACUAAACUCCAAUAAAAUUACAGGGUAAACUAUUUAUAGCAGCUAUGCAUCGUUCAUUUUAGACAUUCCAUUAAAUUAAAUACUAUGCUUAAGGAUAGGAAUUUUUUGUUUAAAAAAAAAUCUGUACGCCCAUUUAACUGCAACGAGAUAUUCUCGUUACCGUUACUUCCUUGUGACUGGCGGCCGUCUGCCUUAUUUGACCGAUCUUUUAGGGCACGUUUGCUUUCGCGCUGAAUUACUGCGAUUGCUGUUCCAACAGUAGACAUACGUCUGAAAGAAACUCGCCCAAUCGCGAAACACAGCCGAUGCUACUGUGUUUUAUCUUUCAGUUACUAUCGAAAUUUUUUUUCUCGAAAAACGCAUGGAUCCGUUCUAGCGUAGCCCAAUUUUGAAUGUAAAAUGGUAGAAAAUUGUUGCAGCGUAAAAACGGCUUGAAACAAAUAUAGGAGAUAGGAGGGAUAUCCCCCCUCCCCCAAGGAAUUAAAAAAAAAAAACUGCAAUCAGUGACUGUAGUAAUAUAUUUUGACCGAUACAAGGUGAGCUGUUAUUACACCACAAUUUCAACUGUACAGCUUACAGCUACUACUGUAGGUCCAUACGUCCAUGGGUUAGUGUCAAAAGUAAGUAAGUUUUUGAAAUGAAACUUCUUUGCUGAGGGGGGGGGGGGGGGGUAACAAUUUUCGAGCGUUACGAAAAUUCCGAUCGCAUGAGGGGAAAUAACUAGGUAUGUGGUGGGGGAACCGGGAGAGGAGUGGAAUAGUUAGGUACUGGUAAGGGGGAACCGAAUGAGGAGACGGCAGGCAAAGGUAGCCUAUAAAUGACGCAGCAUUCUUGCGCGCUUUUAACACACACAGACCUAUCCAACAAGACACGCACCCCCGCCGUCAAUUCAAAUGAUUCUUCACCGGUGUGUAGGGUGCACCUGAUUUACUGUGCACUUGGCGAGUUAUAGAAACUUCGGUUUCUGGCCUCGCCCACGAUUACUGCCCCGGAUGGCAAUAUGAUGAAGCGGCGGCGCGCUUUCAUGUGCGCGGUUGUUUCUUGGGGGUGGACGCCGCUCUAGUUAUCCCCACUCCAGGGCCGUUGGUGCGGGCGGUGAUCGCUGGAGCAGCCUUGAGCGGGCUCCACGUGGCGGCGUAAGGCUCAGGUUGAACCGCGCCAUGCUGCAGGGAUAGGCGGGUCUGCGCCUGACGACACCCCGACUUGCUGGCAUCUAGUGAGGGAGUGUUUGGGUAGAGGGCAACACAGCGGCGUUUGAGCUUAUUGUUGUGCACCGCGCUACGGGCCAUAUUCGCAAGAAAAUGUGCUUUCUUUCAAGAGAUCGCACCAUGGAGGACGUGUCGGCCGGCAGCGAGGUGGCCGCCUUCUACGAGGGCCAGACCGUGCUCGUGACCGGGGGCUCGGGCUUCAUGGGCAAGGUGCUGGUCGAGAAGCUGCUAUACGCCUGCCCCGGCCUGGCGCGGCUCUACCUGCUGAUGCGCCCCAAGCGCGGCAAGUCCGCCGAGCAGCGCCUGCAGGACAUGUGGAAGCUGCCGAUGUUCCACCGGGUGCUGGCGCAGCGGCGCGAGGCGCUCGCCAAGGUGCGCCUGGUGGAGGGGGACGUGCUGAGCGAGGACCUGGGGCUGGAGCCGGCGGCGGCCGACCAGCUGAGGGCUGAGGUGUCGGUGGUGUUCCACGGAGCCGCCACGCUGCGCCUCGAGGCCCGGCUCGAAGACGCCGUGCGCAUGAACGUGGAGGGCACUCAGCGCGUGCUGCGCCUCUGCCGCGGCAUGAAGAACCUCAAGGCCUUCGUGCACUCGUCGACGGCGUUCUGCCACUGCGACCAGGAGGAGCUGGAGGAGCGGCUGUACCCGUGUCCCGUGGACCCGGAGGACAUCGUGCGCCUGGUCAAGUGGCUGGACCCGGACACGCUGCACGCCAUCACGCCCCGCAUCAUCAGUCCCCACCCCAACACGUACACCUUCACCAAGCGCCUGGCGGAGGAGCUGGUGCGCCGAGAGUUCCCGGCCAUGCCCGUCAGCAUCGCGCGUCCGUCCAUAGUGACGCCGGCCUGGAGGGAGCCGCUGCCCGGCUGGGUGGACAACCUGAACGGGCCCAUCGGCCUGCUGGUGGCCGCGGGCAAGGGGGUGCUCCGCUCCCUGCACUGCAUGCACCACUACCACGCCGAGGUCAUCCCCGUCGACUUCGCCAUCAACGGGCUGGCCAUCAUCGCCGCCAAGGUCGGCCGCAACGCAGACAAACUCUCUGAAGUGCCCGUGUACAACCUGACUGCUUCGUCGGUGAAGAGGUACACCUGGGUGGAGGUCUUGAACAUGGGCCGGCACCUCAUCUACGAGUACCCGUUCGAGAUGACCGUGUGGUACCCGAACGGCAACAUCCACAACAGCAAGCUGGUCCACACAUUCAACGUGUUCUUCUUUCAGUGGAUACCGGCGUACCUGAUCGACUUCUUGAUGAUCAUCUUCAUGCAGAAGACGUUCAUGGUGCGCAUCCAGCGCCGGAUCGCCGACGGCCUGGCCGUGCUGCAGUACUUCACGACGAGGAAGUGGGUGUUCAACAGCCGCAACUACGUCUCGCUGCACGCGGAGCAGAACCCAGUCGACCGCAAGCUGUUCUCCAUCGACCUGUCGCAGGUGGACGUGCCCGACUACCUCAAGGACGGCCUGCUGGGCAGCCGCCAGUACUGCAUGAAGGAGGACCUCUCGUCGCUGCCGCGCUGCAGGCGGAACCUCAAGAUACUGUACGUGGUGGACAAGCUGUGGACCCUGGUGCUCUUGCUGCUGCUGCUGUACCUGGCGUGCUGCUUCUCCGAGCCGGCGCGGCACGCGGCGCUCGGCGCGGCAGGCUACGUGCGGUCGGCGCCCCUGGUCGGCACCCUGGCGAGGCGGGUGACCGGCUAGCUGUCUCCUGCCCGCGCGCCGCUUCGAGACGCCCCGGGAGCUGGAGAGCUGCAAGGAAAACAGCAGCGCCCGGGACCGGUCGCUUCAUUUCCCGGAAAUGAACAACGUCUUCCCCCCAGCAUCGUCGCUAGAGCCACGGAAUUUUUCGCGGAUUCAUUUAGUCACUUAAUUCAAUGUUACAGUAUGUUACCAGGACUCGAACCCAGAACGGCGCGGCGUCCAGCUCACAUUUAGAUUUCAGCUCACAUCGUAGCUGGAGAAGAUCGUAUCACCAGUUUUUAGAGACCCGGGAAAUUUCGCGGAUUCAUUUAGUCGCAAGCUAGAGUGCAAACCUUCAUGCUGUCGCGCCGUGUUCAUGAUUGGACCGCAGUCGUCUGGACACGCCCCUUCUACGACCGUGAGCCGACGACGUCCAGCAAGGAGAGAAGUAUGAGCAAAUCAGGUAGUGCCGAAUAACAAGGAUAAAAAUGUUCUCGCUAAUAAAUCAACCAAUGGGAAAGUGAACAUGGGUCGAGCACACCUAUAACUUUGAAUUCUAUCCUGAGGCCAAAGGAAUCCGCGAAAUUUCCGGGACUCUAAUCAUUGUCUAUUGUGAAAGAAAAGAAAAACUACUUGAUUCUCUGUCAUACACGCCAUUUUUAAUUUUUUUUUUUUUUUUAAUUUUUUGUCAUCAUUUUCACGUUAAGAGUUAUUUCUGAAAUUUUUAACGCGAUAACCUGGUUGAUGAUGCAGUAAUGACUCGUUUAUCCGGCCCUCGUUGAUCCGAAUCUUUGGAUAAUCCCGAUCACAUUUUAUUUAAUGUUGACAUAAAAUUGACAAUUGUAUUCUACAUCUAUGCUAAACAAAGACAGUUAGCACACGAUAAUGUUCCUGAUGUUUGAAACAGAACAAAGUUGAUGAAUUAUUUAUGUAGAAAUGAUGCAAUGUUUUUUUUUUUUUUUCCAUUUUUAAAGGACUAGUAAAAAUUAUAGGGCAUGCAUACCAUGUAAUUUUAUAAAAAAACAAAAGUUUUUAUCUUAAUAAAUCGUAAGUCUGGUUAUUUAAGAAUUUUGUUUUGUUUAUUACUUGGAUUAUUUGGAUUUUCAACUGUCCUGAUUACUUUGGUCCCAGUUAGUCCUGAUAGUUUAGGUUUAACUGCGCGACUUUUCAUACCCAAAAACUGCACUAUGUGAAUAUCUGUUGAAAAUAUCAGUGACAGAACAAUAAAUCUAAGGAAUGUAUUGUGUUAAAAUUGACGUAAAAGUGAAGAAAAAAAUCAAAAUGGUGUUUGGGACUGAGCCUUAAGUAUGCCAUUUUUUUCUCAGGAAAUAUUUGGUUGUGAACUGUUAUGUUGCCCUGUGAAAAUACACUUUUACAGUAGGAAUAUGGAAGUUCGAGAGAAAUAUUUUCGCAAAGAAAUUAAGACUGCAAUUCGCGUUGUAAUUAAUACUUCAAAUGUAAGUAGGUUUGUUAGUUUAUUUAUAAUAAGCAUUUAAACUUUUGUAUGCUUUCGAGGUGUUAUUUCCGGUAAUAUCGUAGGGUUGGUGUCUUGCCAGGGUGGCAAGGCAGGCUAAAGGGCUGGUCAAUACUCUCUUUUUUCAAUUUAUAGUAUCAUUAUAUAGCACUAAAAAAAUACUUUCAAAGAUUUUACUGCCUCGUAAAAUGAUGCACUUACACCGGAAUUUCAUCGCUAGCAUUUAUAAAAACAAAUGAGUACAAUAAGGAAAGAAAAUAAAUAAAACUAACAAAAAUUAGCUAGAAACCAUCAUUUGAUUUUAAGUUCCAUAUUAGCUUUAAAACGUUUAGAAGAGUUUUUUUUUUCCAAUUUUCCGGUGGAGAACCCCCGAAACACCCUUUCAUCUGGUAGCUAUUUCAACGCGUACCCCCUCCCCCCCCCCCCAACCUAAAUAGACCCUUUUCAAAAUAUUGGGGCCCCUUAAAAAUUAGUGGCCUAGGUCCCCGCAGAAUUUAAGACCACCACUGUGUAGGGCUUUUGAAAUUGAGUCGCAUCAAAGUAGUAGACUGUACCGAUGUUUCGCUCAGCAUCACAGCAGGUAUCUUCAGGGUUGAUAAAUCAACUAAAAGCUCAGAUUCAGGUGUCUCAGAGUCAGGGGAGGGGGGGGGGGAACUUUCCUGCACUUGGCUUCUGUAUUGGCCAAUCAUGUUUGGCCUCGUAUAAAUGGCUGUUUUUAACUCUGUGUGGCUUCGUGACUCUUGCUUUCUGCUGGUGUUUGCUUCUUUGGUUUUCCACGAGUCGUGGCCUUAUUUUGCACAGUUUGUAGUCAAAUUAUCUGUUGAUGUUUAGGUGUUACAAUAUUUCUGUAGCUUCUCGAACGGUUACUGUUCUUGUGAUUUUCUAUGCUGGCCACUGUUUUAACUUUAUAGAAGUCUAGUCUGUGUUUGUGGUAGAAGAACAUCAUGCUAUGGCCGAUAUGUGGUUCUCUUGUUUGUAGUCCCUGAUGUGAGCUUUCAUUCUACUGGUUACCUUUCUUCCUGUCUGUCUUGUAUGUAUGCCACAAGAAUUAUUUUUGGAGCCAGCUUGCACUCAAAUUGUUUUAAUGUAAUCAAGCAUUUUUAGAACGCUCAUUGGUCGAUAACAAGGUCAUUAAGGGUGUGUGAAGUGUUUUGUGGACCAAUCAUCAGCGUAAAAAGGAUGUGUAUGUGCUACAAGUCUACUUUUCUACUUGAUGAAUCUGUGAAAUUGUAGCAUGUCUAGAGCUAGAUUUACAAAGUAGCAGCGACUACCGUUUGUGCUACCAAAAAUGCACAGAAAAAGUGCACAGAAAAUUCUAUCCCAUAGAUUGUAGCAAUGCUGUUUUUACAGGAACUAGGGAUACAGAUUAUUGUCCCUACACUUACAGUUUGGAAGGGUUUUUUUUUAGAGUUUUGGUUUCUAUAACUUUGCAUUUUUUCAUGGUGCAUCAUAAAAUUUGAUAUUUACCGAGAGCAACACUUUAUAAUUACAUAGUACAGUAUUUACCAGUACAGAUCACACAAAAAAACACAGGAAAAAUAUUGGUUUGACCUCAAGGUCUCACCCCGCUUCUCUCAAUGACAAUGAAGGACCGUAUUGCAUGUCGCUGAUCACUCACUGGGUAUGCAGUCAACUUGCUGAUAAGAGACGGUGUUUUUGUAAUGAAUGGUUCAACACAUAAUCUUAAUAUGUGUUGGAACAGUUUUGGCUACAAUGUAUACCUCAAAAAUGUUAAAGAGUAAAUAUUGGAAUUUUUUUCAAUAUUUGGUAUGUACUAAAUGCUAAGAUGAAUAUUAAUAUCUUGGCAAAUAUAAGUACAUAUAAUGAUUAAUAAAAGAAGAGUUUAUAUAUAUAUAAAACAAAAUUGUUCUAGUGGAAUGUUUGAAUGUAGUCCACAUAAUGAAAAUGUGUAAUUUUUAAAAUUAGUGUGAAUACAAUUUUAAUUAUUAUCUUAUCUUAACUUACCAAUGAAUUUUUUAAAAAAUAAGCUAUUUGUGUUUGUAUUUUGUCGUUGAUGUGCAACUCCUUUAGAAAAAAAUUUCCAGGGCAGAAUUAUUAUAGUGGUUCAUCAUCUUUGAUGUGUAAGACAUCAUUUUUAAUGUUGAAGUACAAUUACAGUAAAUAAUGUACAACGUUGUUUGAAUUUGAAAUUAAAGUACAAAUGUAACUAAGACUUGUAAAUAUUUAGUAGUCAGGGCUGUUCUCAUAGAUAAUUUUAUUAAAAAUGUUUUAAAUACAAAAUUAAAUUUAGAAUUUGGUAUGUAUUAUGUUUCUUUUUUAAAUGUAUAUGUGUUAAUAUAUCAGGAAAAAGGAAAAUGUAUAGCUAAACAUUAUAUUUAAUCACUUCUUUAACAGAUUAAUUAUGAUGAUAAGUAAUUGUGCAUGGUAGCUAAUAUUAAUUUUUAUUGUGUUGAUAAUCAGUGGUUUUUGUUGUAGUAAUAUCACAUGAUAAUGAAGAUAUGUAAAAUUUUAUUAUGUAAACAUUAAGUAAGCAUGUCACAUAUUCAAAUCAUGCAUUACUUCAAUAUUAAAAAAAACAAAGUUUUCUAUUUGUUUGUUGCUAGUUUAUAUAUUGUGGAAUUGAUUUUAUUUGUGUGAAACAUUUUUACAUUUUAUAAUUCUAUAGAAAUUUUUUUUAAAUGAAUGUUAUCAAAUUAUCAAAAUAUAGGAAUGGUAAUGAUAUUUACUAGUUAAGUAUAUUCAAUUCCUUAAAUAUAAGCUAUUGGUGUUUAUAUACUGUCUUCAGAACUAAUAAACAUUAUACCUAUAUUCA